GGGAGGGGGAGGCGGUUGGGCAGGGUUCGUCGUUGUUUCUACUUGUUGCUGUUGGUUGUUAGUCUUAGGUUAGGUUUAGGUUAGGGUUCAAGUCCGUAACUGGAGUACAGCCACGAGCCUGUGGAUCAUGCUGCGCAGGCUCCGAGCCCUCCUGGCUAGGCGGUCCAGCCGAGUGGCCCCCCUGGCCGCCCCAGGGGAGUCUGCAGCCUCCAGGCCAGCUGCCCCCCGGAGGUGGUGGGUCCUGUGCGGCCGCACCAACCGGGUGGGCCCUGCUCCUUCGCUGCCACUGGUUGGGGGCUGCAGCCGGCCAGAGCCAGCCGAGCCCCCUGUUGAGGAUGCUGGAGCUCCAACACCCAGCAGCCUCAUCAAGGCCAGGCUCCGCCUUGUGGAUAAGGCCAGACCGGAAAGUGAAGAAGAAGGGAAGGACCGGAGGGACCGGGUCUCGUUCCUGAAGACCCUGAUCGAGGCCUGCAGGAACAGCCUCCAGAGAGGGGAACGCCGCCUUCCCUUCUCAAAGGGUUUGGCAGCCCAGGCCGUGCUGGAGGAGAUGGAGUAUACCUGGGAGGACCCCCUGCCUCCCUACCUCUUCUCCCUCUGCGCGGAGGCUCUCACCUUGCUGAGUCGGAUGAAGCCCUGCUUCUGCCAGAGCAGGGAACAUAAAAUCAUCUCCGGCUGCCUGUUCUGGAUGAGCGUGAUGCCAGAGCAAGGGCCACAGCAAGACCAGGAGGACCUGUUUCUGCCACCUGAGGAGGCCCUGCAGGGCCUGCUCAGAGCCCUCCUUUCUCAAAGGCCCAGCCUGGAGCACCUCAUCCAUAUCACUGAGGCCAUUAAUAGUGAGGUGGAGACCAAAGACGAGCAGGAGGAGGCGGUGGCAGAAAGGGCUGGCUGUUUGCUGCUUGAUCUGGCGACUGGGCCGCCCUUCUACUUUGAGGCAGAGAAGAUCAAGCCCCUGCUGCCCUUUGCAGUUCUUCAGGUGUGGAGGAUGGCAGCCCAGGCCAAAGACCAAGACAGCACUUCAUCUAGUGAAGAGGACCUGCUCCAAGAUGUUGAGUUCUGGGAUGACUGAGGGCAAUCAGCUCAUGGACACUGGACAAGCUUGUGGCCAAAAUCAGGUGGGGAUGCCAUUUCUCUUGCUCCCUUUGGGAACGCCAGCCCAGAAUCUGCCGCCAUUUCUCAGGGAUGGGGAGGUUCCUCUGCCCUUUUCCCAAGCCCUGCUCUCAUUGCAGAUGCUCCAGGGCCUCUGUAUGGAAGAGAAAGAGGGAGGAGCUGGAGGAGCUUACUCCCCUCCUGACCUCUCUGGCCCAGAGCCCUUGCCAUCAACAUAGAGGAUUCCCUCUAAGAAUUUCUUUGCCUGAUAAGGCAAGGGCAUGUGCUGUUGAGACCGUGACCUCGUUCCCACAGCUGGCCCCCACGGAUUCAUCCACACAGCGUCAUCUCAUCUUCUUUCCCAACCCAUGGACUUCUUCCUGGCGAGGAAUGUGGUUUUUACUUCCAUCCAUGUUGUUGGUUAGAGGAAGUUACAGCCCUACAUUCAAGAACGGGAAACAAGAAGUGCCCGAGAAACAGCCCACACGGUCCAUAGAAGGGAGAGAGAAAUCUAAGCAAGCAAAAAUCCAAAAAUAUUCUAAAAAACAGGAAUGAGUAAGUCUUUUCAGUUCCUUUAGAACCUCGAAUACAUUUGUUCCUCUGGCAGACAUCUCACCAGGGAGAACUAUUUCUGACUCUAUCCCUAAAUUAGGUUCUGUAACUGAGAGAAUGGAAGCACCAAAUCAUAAUGCUGAGAUCGGGAUAUCCUUGCCCACAGCAAACAAUUCUCAAGCACAAGUAGGAGGCUCUCUAGAGGCUUUGUUUAACAAUGCAGAUUCAUCGUCUAUCUUGAGGGACUCUCCAGAUCCUUCUGGAUUAGAUACUGCUACAAAUGAGGUUUAUGACCAAGUUAGAUCUGCUUUUUCAGGUUCAUCUGCCUCCUUCUGCCUCUUGACAGCUGAAACAGUGAUAAUCAUCAGUCAGGUUUCUAAUCAAUCGGAAACAAUUUAAAGGAUUUGAAAGGAUCAAGGGAGAGAGGGAAGCACCAAAUGAUCCUACUGAUUUAAUUCUAAAACCAUCAUACUUGCUGCAGGGGGGAAGAGAUUUCUCCCUUAAAACCACCGGUGUCGAAAAACCAGAGAAAUGAUAGAAACAUUCUUCAACAGUGAUGCUAAAGGAGGAAUUGACACAAUUCUCUGAAGCAAGACCCCAAGUUAGAUCUGCAUUUUCAGGUUCAUCUGCCUCCUUCUGCCUCUUGACAGCUGAAACAGUGAUAAUCAUCAGUCAGGUUUCUAAUCAAUCGGAAACAAUUUAAAGGAUUUGAAAGGAUCAAGGGAGAGAGGGAAGCACCAAAUGAUCCUACUGAUUUAAUUUUAAAACCAUCAUACUUGCUGCAGGGGGGAAGAGAUUUCUCCCUUAAAACCACCGGUGUCGAAAAACCAGAGAAAUGAUAGAAACAUUCUUCAAUAGUGAUGCUAAAGGAGGAAUUGACACAAUUCUCUGAAGCAAGACCCCAAGUCAAUUUCUUAGAUCUAAAGUCUCAUCGGCCAUAGGUGGAUAGAAUUUUCAAAAUUGGGAUCAUCUGGAUCCCAUCCAUGAACAUCACAAAGUGAUCCUUGACCCGGAGUUUAUGAAACAGGCAACAUGACUACUGCUUGAAAAGGAUUGUGAGGCCCCUGCUUUUAGGCUGAUUGAAUGUGAAGAAGCUCUACGGAGUAAUGAAGUGAAACAGGUUAAUCAGAAGGUCACCCUGUGGUUGAAAUUGGUGACCAAAAUGUGUGUCUUCUUGACUCAUUUACAGUGGGUAUUGGAAAGAAUCACCCCCUUUGAUAGACCUUAAAUUCUGGUUCCCUUACAUCCUGAAAUGAAAACACAAAGAAAAUUCCCUUCACCAGCUGUACUUAUCCAAUGCAACCUAUAACAUCCAACUGAAAAACAUCACAAUUACAGUCCAGAAACAGUGUCAGAAAUAAAAAACAAGAAUUACUGAGAUUGAAAAAGGAUCACCCCCCCAAUGUCAAUAUUUUGCUGAACCACCUUUUGCUUUAAUAACAGCCUUGAGUCUGUUGGGAUACUUCUCUAUCAACCUUGCACAUCGAGACGGAGCAAUAUUUGCCCACUCCUCCAUACAGAACUGUUCAAGUUCGGUCACAUUGGAUGGUAGGUGUUGGUGGACUGCUAUCUUCAAAUCUCUCCACAGAUUUUCUAUGGGAUUUAGGUCUGGGCUCUGACUGGGCCACAUGAGGACGUUCACUUUCUUCUCCUACAGCCACUGUGUGGUCAAUUUUGCUGUGUGCUUCGGAUCGUUGUCAUGUUGAAAGGUGAAUCUUCUGCCCAUCCUCAACUGUCUGGCAGAGGGUAGCAGGUUUUCUUCCAGAAUCUGACGGUAUUUUGCGCCAUCCAUUUUUCCUUCUACCCUAACGAGAGCCCCAGUCCCUGAGGCAGAGAAACACCCCCACAACAGGAUGCUGCCACCUCCAUGCUUCACUGUAGGUAUGGUGUGUUGUGGAUGGUGAGCUGCGUUGGAUUUACACCAGUGGUACUGUCAGUUGAGGCCAAAUAGUUCAAUCUUGGUCUCAUCGGACCAUAAGACCUUUUUCCAUUUGGCAUCAGAAUCUUCAAGGUGCCUUCUGGCAAAGCUCAAACGAGCUUUAAUGUGGCCUUUCUUGAGAACUGGCUUUCUCCUUGAGACCCUCCCGAACAAGCCACUUUUUUUCCACAUGUUCACUGAACCCUUUAAGUUCAACACCAUUGGAAAGACAGCAUUUGUGGUCUCAACCUUCGUUUGAGGCAAUGGAGGUGAUUCUGUUGGAUUGAAUGGACUCCCUCUGUCAAUUACAAGUUCAGAAGAACCAGCACCCAAUAGAGAAGGAACUGCAAUUCAUCAUUUGGACGUAAUUAAGUGACAUGUAACAUCUGUGAGAUCUGAAAGGCUUUUGUCUUUGAUAACAUGGAGUAUGGCUGGUUGGAGGUCUAAGAUUAAGGAUGUCUCCUUGAUGGAAUCGAUUUCAGAUUCUGAUUUUGUGAUGCUCCAGGAAACAUGGUUGGAUGAAGAGCUUAGUCUAGAUGGUGUUAUCUCUCUCUCUCUCCCUGAAUGCUGUUCCAGGCGUAGGGAGAGGAAGAUGAUGUGGUGGGUGAAGCUGGUUGGUCUCCACUGCUCUUCAAGCAACAUUUGCUCUUAGCAAAAAUAUGUCAUUUGUCCCUACAAUCAGACUCUGUACCAGAGGACUGGGAAGUAGUUAACAAAAAAGGACCCGGUGGCGGGGGGACCCGGAAAACUACAGGCCGGUUAGCUUAACUACUGUGUUGGGUAAAUUGAUGGAAAGCAGGCUUAAGAGCAAAAUUGGUUAAGCACCUAGAAGAACAGGCCUUGCUGAACCAGCCUGGCUUCUGCAAGGGCAAGUCUUGCCUCACUAACGUUUUGGAGCUAUUUGAGAGUGUCAACAGCAUGUGGAUAAAGGUGAUCUGGUUGACAUAAUGUACUGGGGCUUAGCGGUCAUGGGAUAAGGGGAAAGGUUCAUGUGUGGAUUGGUAACUGGUAGGGCUGGGAAAGACCCCUGUCUGAAAACCUUGGAGAAGCCACUGCCAGUCAGUGUAGACAAUACUGAGCGAGAUGGACCAAGGGUCUGACUCCGUGUACGCCAGCUUCCUAUGUUCCUAUGUCACUUAAGCCUGGUUUUAAUCAGUUACUGUUGUGUAAACCUACAGUCCCUUGAACACACCCUGGCAAAUGAGUGUCAUCUUUUCCAGUCUCUUCUCUGACUCUCUUUCCAGAAAGCCAGUGUCUCCUGAAGGCUUGUCUCCAGGAGGAAUUCAUCUUCAGAGAGAAGACUUGGAUUGGCAUCACAUCAGCCUUGGCUCUGCUGCUUGUGCUCAGCGUGAUAGGAAACGUAAGGUUCCUCUUCUGCAGCUCCCGAGAGGAACGCAAGCGUGGCAGAUAUACCUACUACCCGCUGCAGGACAUGAAUGGGGAGGCCGGCCACGAUUGUCCAUGGGACAAGGAAGACCAAGUGGAGGACGCCUGCGCCCCACCUCAGCCUGUGUCAGCAACGCUGUUCUUACAAGAGAAGCCAGAAGACGCUCUCCGUGGCUCAGAUGUUUGGGCACCAUAGCUGAACAUUCUGGUCGUCUUCCAGUGCAGAACCUGGCUGCUUCUCUUACGGGCCUGUGCUCUCUGAAACGGGCCGCUGUCCUCACAAGUAGGUCUACCCAGGGGAAAGGAGCCUAGGAGAUCCUAGGGUGACGAUCUGAUAUUUUGGUUCCUGAGGUGGAAAAUCCAGCUGCUGACCUCUGGUGGGGGAAAACUAAUACGGACCUAAGACUGCCUUAUGCAAGGUCUGGAAUGCCGCCUUGGCAACGCCAGGGUUAUGCUGCUAAGCAUCUAGGCUAUUCCCAAGGCUAUUCCCUUAUCAGCUUUUGUCCUAAAGAAGCGUGCAAAAAUGUGAAACACACACUGGAACAGAGAACUGCAUUCCGGCAGGCCUCUCCGUGAACGUUUUAGACAUCUGAAAUGUCUUGUCUGCACCAGCUAAACAGAUAGCAACAUUUUCUAGGUGGAUUGAUGGGGAUUUAGGGGACGCUGAGACUCCUCCUGCUGCCAAAUUAGGAAUGAUGGAGAGACAGGCUGCUGGGCUUUCAGUCUGAGAGCGCCCACCAACGCAGCCUUUUAAGUUGAUCUAGCUUCAGGUGCCUUUUUAAGGAUGCGGAGACAAGUGAGAGGUGGCUUAUUACCAUGUAAUAUUUGACAAAGGCAAAACCUCACGUAGAAAGAAUGGAUUUCUUAACCUCUUUCCCCUUAUUGUAAUUUUUUAAAAAAAAUGGUCAUCUGUGCCAUCUAUCUGAGCCCCAUGAGUUAACCAAGGUUUGUUUAAUGACUACUAGCCAAGAGGGCUCUUUUAAAAAAUAGUCUAGUGAUGGUGGCUAAAUAGAGCCUCCAGAUUCAGGAGCAGUGUGCCUCUUCAUUCCAGAUGCAAACAGGGGAUAGCCAUCACACCAAGUGGAAACAAUAUCAAACCUACAUAGAUCUGUGGAUGGGUCUAGUCCAGUGGGUACUUAUUUUCUUCUUCGUUUGCUAUAUGAACUGCUUUGAACGUUGCUUUUGUUUUAAAAGCAAUGUAUAAAUACUGUAUUCUUAAUCAUAAUGAAGUUGACUCUUAGGCCUUAAUGAAGAUGGCUUAGGCCUUUAACUUAUCACAUCAGAAUUUUUAAGUAUUUUGAAAGAUGUAGAUUUACUUCAAGAAGGUCAGCAGCCUUCCAGUUAAUUUAUUUUAAAGUUUUUAGGCCUGUCUGAGCCAGAAUAUUUAAAUCUCUUGGUUCCCUUCACACCUCUUUUUGUACUGACUGCCAAAGACUGCGGGUUGUGCCACACUUGAACCAUGUGUCUAUGUAUAUAUUUCGGAAUCUAUUUUAUUACCUCUAAUAACUUUUAUGAAAGGCUUGAACAAACCUGGUCUGAAGGAAUCAGCUUUUUAUUGGGUAUAUCCAGUUUUGUAUUCCUGGAAUCAUCCUUUGAUCAGUGGUGAGUUAGUGGGCAAAGAAGGGAAAACAUGGUAAUUUCAUGCCAGGAUAAGGGGAAAUGUGUCUCCUUCACCUUUCUGCUAAGAGGAAACAGUAUUCCUAGCUUAACUUGCAGUAUCUGAUAAAUAGAGGGGAAUUAUUUCAUUCCCUUUCUGCUUCUGAAGCUUUAAGGUAAGAUCUUAAGAUCACAUCCUCCUCUUGCUGUAUUAUGUAUGUCUUUGUCUUGACCUUUUUUAAAGCUAGAAAAAUCAAUCUAGAUAGUUUCAAGCUACUGUUUCCAUUACAAAAAUAACCUACAAAUUAAUCCUACAUGUUCCCACUGGCAAGAGAACAUCUGCUGUGAAUGUUUAAUGCUGUGAAUGUGUAAAUGUUUAGUGCCAUACUUACCAAAAAUUCAUCAAUACCAAUCAGAAUUCUUAGAUAUAGCUUCUGAUUCCGUUACUGGAAAAGUGAUACCAUGCCCGAUUCCUUGGAAUUGCCCACUCAGACGACUCAUUCCCCUGGCUAAAGGGCUGUAUGCACACACAUAUAUUCACCCACCCUCUUACUGAAAAAUGCAGGGAUCAAAAAGGUGCAUAAAAACACACUCAUUUAUUAGGAAUCAAAACUUAAACACAAGCAGACCAGUUUUCUUCUCUUCCAGCUUGUAAUAAAUUACAAAUGACAAAA